GUAGAGCAGAUGUAAAGGUCUCACUCGUUUUCCUACCGCUGCUCCUAUUUCUUAUGUUCUCAAGCUGCAAUUAACCUUGCCCUAUGUAGCUCACGGUUGCACUGCUACUGCGCGGGGAUGUACGAAGGCACGUCCGGCUUGCACCGGAAGUGGAAUUAGAAUCCCUCCCAUCUCGCUGCCGCCGUUCUCGGAAACUGGUUAGAACGGGUGGUUUUGUUUGGAGUGGAAACGUUGAAAGUGCCACUUUAUCGCAGUUGGCGGCAGUUUAGCUCGACUGGGUCGGGCUGCUGCUGCCUUUUCCCUUGAUGCUGUGAGUGGAGCGGUCGCUUGAAGCUGAGGUGAGGACGGUCCCGUGACAUUCGGAAAAUCAAACCACCUAACUGAAUCCAAACAGAGGGGGUAGAGGGAAGCUCGCGCAUCAAUCUAAACUGACAGGAGGAACGGCCAGUCACAGCGGGAUAUUUACCUCAUGCCUAGACCUGCAGCCAAUCAGAAACUGGGAGGUGGGUGCUGUUUCUGAAGGGGCGUUUCCCUUUCACCCACCAUUGUAAAUAUCCCAAUUGCCAAAGGACUAGCAUUUGUUUUCAACAUGUUUUUAAAAGCUGAAUGUGUAAAUCUCCUGACAUUAGAUCAGAGAAUAUGAAUCGUUUUGAUUUUGCCGAAAGGUUACUGUAAGUUCUUCUCAAUUGCAAAUAAAUAAGAUUCUUAUGUCUACAUUUAUCACAAAACUGCAGACUUGGCAUGGUAAUUAUACCUCCUCACCAGAGGUGGGGCUACAGUUCCUCCACUGCAAGCGGAUGUACUCUCAGCUCAAAUUUGCAUCAUCAGCGUUCACUAUAAAGGUUAGAGGAGGUGGAAGGGUGGGAGACGCCACUCUUAUGCUCUCACUCCCAGUCUCCUCUUCCGCCGCCGCCAAAAAAUGAAGGCCCUGAAGCACUAACUGUGAAGAUGGAAAAAAACAUGACUGCCAGUGACUUGAGUUUCUACUGCAAUGGAGAGGAAAGAUCCCCAUGCUAGGUGCAAGGAUCUGCAGUGGUCAGAAAGAAACACAACCCAUGGAUAUGUGAAGGAAGAGCAGCAGUUGUCCCAUUGCAGCCAUUCCCAGUUUGAUCAGAUACAACAGCCGGGUGCCAGUCACCUCUGUGAUGAUAAAACAACUGACUGUCCAAACUACUCUUACGGUGCCCGGUGCGAUGGUGCUGACUCAAGUCGAUAUAUUUCAGAACAUGUCUGUACUGCUCAUGGUAAUAUGACCUGGCAAAGGACGAGUCAUCAAACAUUAAGAAAUACUGAUAGAGGGAUCAGUACGCCAGUUACCUUGACGGAUUGGACAUUUGGUGAUGUAAACUGUUUUGAUUAUAAAAGACCAUCUUCAGAUCAACUUUCAGAUGAAGAGUUGAGGACGGUGGAUAUGGAAGGGUUGAGCUUCCCAUGUGGACAUCUGGAUUUUACAGGGCAGAUGCCAUCUUUUUAUUGUUCUGGCAUGUCAGGUGAUGGGUGUAACCUUCAAAACAGAAAGACGGAUUUGGCCAGCAGUGAGAAGCCAUACUGUCUCUCUGAUAGUGUAACUGAUUGUGAAAAUGUAUCUGAGAAGGAUUCACGAGAAAAUGGGUGUGUGCCCUCCAUUCAUGAGGGGGAGAUUUCUGCCUGCACUCACAUGUUUUUAGAAGGCUGCUUUCAAUCAGGCAGCUACGGAGACCACAACUUCCCUUUCAAGACAGAUGACAAUCUGUCUUUCCUCGAUAACUUAGAUUGUAUCCGUUCUGCUAAUACUUCUCAAGAAGAUGGAAUAGAUGAAUGUGACGAAUGCAACGAAGAUGAAGGCAUGGAUGAAAACCCAGUAAAAACUGUGGACGAUAAUAGCUAUCCUGUGAAGUUUAGCAGCAGGAAAAGCAGCAAACGCCAGAGAAACAAAUCGGCAACAAAAGAUAACUCUUCAAACAUCUAUGAUAAGGACAAUGCAAGGGAGCACUUGAAGAAGAAUGGCAAGUCUUCAACUGCUAAUAAACAGAGGCACACGAAGGCUGAGAGGAAACGACAGCAUGCUGACAACCGAGACAAAUUAAAGAGUGGAGUGCAAAAACAAACUCAGGAGCUGCUUUGGAAAUGUGUAACCUAUAUAAAAAUUCUAAUGGAUGUUAUUCUUUUUGUGACUCACAAGUGUGGAGAAUAUGUGGAGAUAGGAGGCAAACUUGUGUAUUCAUGUUGCCAGAUACAAAAAGAAGAUUUUAUUUCCUUAAAGGGCAAUGCAAGGACCUCAUGUAUGUGGCUUCUUAAGCAGGCAAAAUCAAUGUCAGAGAAGCUUAAAUGGUUUUGUUUUUCCUCAAUGAAGAUGACUAUAAAGAUUUUAAAAAUGCUGCUUGCUCUGCUUUUUCUCGUACUAAUGUUAUUUAUAGGAUGUUUACGACUCUGCUACAAAUGUGGAAAAUCUGGGAUUUCCAAUAUAUUUCGGAGGUUGCCCAUAUGGGGCAAAGAAGGCUUUCCCCAUUUCCCAGCUGUUCGCUUUCUGCACAGCUCGUGCUCAUCUAUAGCAGAAUCUAGGACUUGGAAUUAUUUGAAAAGACUAUGGGAAAAAUUGAAAAUGCGAUCCUGGCUAACUGGUAAAUGGCGGACUGCAGGCCAGUCUCCAGUUCUAUCUCCGUCCCCCCAGUCACCUAGUGCUAAUAGAUACCAGCCAGACCACGAGGUGGACAGGCUACUGGCAAUGGCCGAUAUACCAGAAGAGGAUCUGGAUCCUUUUAAAGUUCUGGGCGUGGAGGUAAUGGCCACUGAUGCCGAGCUAAAAAAGGCUUAUCGGCAGUUGGCCGUACUGGUUCAUCCUGACAAAAACCAACACCCACAAUCAGAAGAAGCCUUUAAAGUGGUGCGAGCGGCGUGGGAUAUUGUGAGCAAUCCUGAGAGAAGGAAGGAAUAUGAAAUCAAACGGGCUGCAGAGAGUGAGUUACAUCGGUCCAUGAAUGAGUUUCUCACCAAACUCCAGGAUGACCUAAAGGAAGCCAUGAACACUAUGAUGUGCAGUAAAUGUGAAGGAAAACACAAGAGAUUUGAGAUGGAUCGUGACCCACAGGCAGCUCGAUACUGUGCAGAGUGUAACACAAGGCACUCUGUGGAGGAUGGGGACUUCUGGGCAGAGUCAAGCAUGUUGGGAUUAAAAAUCACUUACUUUGCCAUGAUGAGUGGCAAAGUCUAUGACAUCACAGAGUGGGCUGGGUGUCAGAGGGUUGGAAUAUCUCCUGAUAUACAUAAUGUUCCUUACCAUAUAUCCUUUGCUACACGAACUUCUGGAAACAGUGGUCGACAUAGAGCUAGUUCCGAGAACGGCCCAAGUCCUCCCACUGACCUCCAAGAUUUCUUCAGCAAGAUUUUCCGGGGUGCUGGAUCUCAAACAGUGAAUGGGAGCUUCUUUAGCCCUCCGCAGCCAAGGCCUAAUAGUCAGCCCAAAGCAGAGGCUGCACAAAGAACCGAAACAAAGCAAAAGCGCAGGAAGAAGGUGCGACGAACAUUCCCACGCUGAGCCUUAAAAGUGCAAAAACAAACCUCAGCGAUCACCUCAGUCAGCUUAAUGGCAACCUGACUGAAGGACAACCAUGAUUCUAGAGUAGAGCAAAGGCAAAUAAAAGCCCUCUUUUAUUGAAUUGUAUGAAUACAUUUGGACUGUACCUUGUUUUUAACAUUUUAAUUUGAAUGUACAAUAGCAACUAAGGUGAUCUUGAGGACUUUACUUUUUAACUUGAAUUAAAUAGCAACAAAUUAAUUUCUGGUUUCAACAGAAUGAAUAUAACCCAAUAGGUGACUUCUUAAAAAUGCUUUAUUCACUUCAAAUGUUAUUUUUUCCUUUUGGGGGAGGUGGAGGGUGGUUCUGGUGGUCUCUAACUUCUCCUGAGUUCUUAAGUUCUCCUAAUCAUUUUUAAUGGGGAAAAUUCUGCACUGCAGAAAGAAUGGAGUAAAACAGUACGUUUGUCUGAUGGCCUAAUUUCCACCAGAAGACAGAGCACUUUUACACACAAAGGAAGAGACUAGAAAAUAAUUCGUUAAGAGUGUAAAAUUGAGCACAUUUAUUGUGGUUUGGGAGAUCAGAUACAAAAGAAAUUGUAAGUUUUAAAAAUUUACUGUGCUGCAGAAAUCAUACACAAUCUUAUAAACAGAAAAUAAGAACCUUUGGUUAAUAACUUUACCAUAAAAAGAAAGAUUGACUUGUGCUCCUUUUUAGUCCUUUGCUGGCUGUGUACCCUACCUUUAACAUCUUGCCUUUCAUUCUCUUCUCACGCCUGUUCUGUGUACCUCAAUCUUCUACAAAGAUAAUAUUGUCUUACACGGUAAUGAAACACAUACUGAUCAGUAACAAGAGUAAUAUGUUUUAUGGAUGUGUAUAGAAAUCUUUCUAUAAUUGGAACACCAUGAGUAUGAAAUGCCUUGCAACACAAAUGAGAUACUCAAUAUUAACACUGGCUUUAAUUCAGUCCAGGAAUACAAAGUAAUCUUAGCAUCAUCUGUGUUCAUAGCUCCACGGCUGGGACUGACGUGGACAUUUAUAGGUAAAAUUUCAAUUCCGCACUGUAAACCUUUAUCAGUACUUGAAGAUUUAACCACCUUUCUCUGGGAAUCAAGCCAAAAAUUCUCUAAUUAACAGUGAGAGGUGUUAAAAGCUUGUGAAAUUUUACAAAAGGUGCCCACCUAUAAAAUGACUAGUGUUUGGCAAACAAAGUCUAUGAACCACAUACAACAUCCUAUCAGUUCCCAGUCAGUAGAACAUUUGAUUUAAAUGCAUGCUUACUGUUCACCUUUCUGGCACUGCUUAAACGAGGGACAGGACUGGGAUUGAAGAAGACAGUACAGGCAGCCCACGAGAGCAGGUGUGUGUUCCACAGAGUGAGCUACAGUCCUGCUUUCCACAAUAACUUGCAUAUGAGAUGACCCCACCUUAAUGCCUGUGUUCAGAAUUUCCCAGUUUCAUAUGUGCAGUAUGCCUGUGAUGCUAAAUUACCACCCUGUGAUAAUUGAAUAAUCUGGUGAACUGAGAUAUCUGCAUUGGAGCCAGUUGAUUGUGUAUCUGAACAUCCUGAGUUUCAAAAGAUGGUCUCAAUCAGUGUCUCAAACACUCUGUUCAAACUACAGAAAGCCCAUUUAACAUAAUGAUAAAUUUGGAGAGUUGUACUCGAAGGAGGCAUGUGUUUGAGUAUCGUCAUGGCUAUUGUCACACAUUAUUUUGAACUUUUGACAGGUGCAGUCUCAGUGUCAUGGGCAAAGCAGAAUCUAUAUUGGAAGUAGAAUAAGGAGGUGCGAGUGUAACUGUGAGACAGCAUUGUGAGGAUCUUUAAAGGGGAAUGAUUUGAGAAAAGGUGCUAAUUGGAGGGGUUUGAGGAAAGGUUAUAGUGUUGAAGGAGAUGGGCUGUUGUUGAAUGGGAGAGGUGCUAAUGAACAUGGAGGUGAAGAGGAGGAUGGUUAAUGUAGAGCUGGGAUGAAGAAAGGCUUAAAAAAAGCAGAACAGUAUACUUUGUAGUAAAGAUGAAUUUGGUUGGGAGGGUUCCAAAAACAGGUGGUAAUUUGGUAUGGUGGAGAUCAGGGAGGGGACAGUCCUUGGAGUUUGGGAAUUGUACUUGAAUAAGUGCAUUGAAACAAUAAUUAUAACUUUAUUAUUAAUCAGAUAGUUCUUGCACACUGCUAUGAUUCUAAAUUAAGUGAAACAAAUGCUAGUACAAUGAAAUCUAUCCAUGCAUCAGGAAUAGACUUGUAAUUAAUAUUGACAUGAUAUUAAAUGCUUUUGCUAAAAAAAACCAAAACGUUUACUAUACACUUAGUUUUACUUUUUAAAUCCUAACUAAACUUUAAUGUUUUACACUUAAAAUCUUUUACUCUACUUUUCCCUUUUGCUUCCUUCUUUCUAUAGUCCAUUUUGGAGGAGGGGGCAACAUUCUUUUGGCUGUAAACGGCUUACAAAGGCAUGUUGAAAGUCAGGAUUGUGUAGCUUGAAGUCACAUAACAUGAAAAUUGCACAGCAAUCUUAAAAGUGCUUCCUGAUGACAAUCCCCCCAACUUUUCUCAAGCACCUUAAUGGUGCCUGUACAAAUAAAUCAAUCUGUGGCAUUCCAAGAAUAAAAUGGUGUGUCUGUUGCCAAAGGCACAUUUCACUGUGGUGUUGUCAGUUGUGGCAAAGAAUUUAAUAAGAGAAUUAUAUUGGGAGGAAUUUUGUAAACAUCUGCUAGAGGGUCAACAACCUAAAGCAUUAACUCUUGUGCUGUCCACAAAUGCUGCCUGCCAUGCUGUGUUUCCAGCAUUUCUGUUUUAAUUUCAUUUUAUGAAGUCUAAAAUCACUCAUUUUGUUUCUGACCCUGAUUUUUUUGACAAUAGGUUGCCCCUUUUAGAUGAACUAAGAUAUUUAAGGUUGAACAGGUAAUUUAAAAUUGUUGACAUUUAUGACCAGAUUGUUUGAUGUAGAAGUUUGUAAGUUGUUAUUCACAAGGUUCUGCUGACCAUUACCUGUGAGCAUUGUUGAAGUUACAGAGCUAAUUUUUAGGUGACAAUCGACAAAUUUAAAGCUGUGUAAUUUGGUGGGUUCACAGAUUGGACCUUUGUUUAUUUGAUUUGAAAAGGCUGUAGAUCCCAACACAAUCUCUUGUUGGCCAGAACCUUUUCAAGAGUGAAAAUAAAAUGCAGAUUGCAUUA